GGAAAAGAGUUCGGAAACCCUGGGUCGGAAUGCUGAUGCUGGACCAUGAAGAUUAACAAUUACAGCAACAGCCAUGACAAAUUACAACAGUGACAGUGGUGCUGAUGAAGAGGACGAGGACGAAGAGGGGGCGACAGAGGAGGAAAAUGAUGAGGCUGAGGGUAAUAGCAACGAUGAUGAUAAGACUGAUGAUGACAAUGAUGACGAUGACAACAACAGUGAUGAUGACAACCAUAACGAUGAGGAUGAUGCUGAUGCUGAUGAUGAUGCUGAUGAUGAUGAGUAGCAGUGGGAUAAGGAGGGGGAGUAGUAGUAUAGCAGUUGGUGGCACAGUCACAGUCACAAGUGAGGUGGAAUCUUCACAGGAAAUUUGUCUACAACACAUAACUAAACUCUCACACUAGGACUUUUUUGACUAAGCUCUGGACGUGAUUGUAGUAAGAUUCGUCCAUGUCUGGCGUACUUCCAGUUAGAUAUAUUUAAGGAAGCCCUAGUUUGAGUAGGGCCUUUAGUUGGUGGCACAUGGCACCCACUCAACCAACAACCAACACUUCACCGUCCACCGGCUUAACUGCGCAUAUAUCAUGAUAUCGGCCACUUUGCACUAGGAAUUACAGUCGAAUAUAUGGAAGAGAGGAAAAUGCACACACACAACAACGUGCAGAGAAUACAGAAUUUACAGGCACAGAGAAUCAGGCGGUACUCACUGAUGAAACUUCUGAAUGAUGGAUGCACUGCAGCCUGCAAGGCCGCAACUGCAUUUCUGACAUUUGCAGAAAUAACAUGGCCGCAAGCGAUGACAAGGAGACAAACAGAACCACUCACCAAUUGUGCAAUAGAUUCAAAAUCGUCUCCAUCAAGCAAAAUGUUUCUGCUAUCAUAAAAUUAUUAUAUUGCUUGCGGAGGCUGGGAUAGGCAUAACUAAGGGAAAAUCAGGAUGCGCAAAACUCUCUGCUGCAAAAAUGAGCAUUGAAGCUGAUGAUGAUUCACUGCACUGUAAAGCAGGCAGGUGUUAGGGCACGGUAAACCAAACAGGAGGUCCUUAUCUGCCACCAGAGAGAAACAACCAGCCUUGAUUGACUUCUGUGGUUAGCCUCUACAAGCUUGCAAUCAAUUAACUGACUUGACUGGUUCAUUUUUGUUCGAAACUUGUACAAGCAAACGCGCAAUUGCUCUUUCCGCCCUCUCUCCAUCACCUGUGUGUGUGUGUGUGUGUGUGUGUGUGUGUGUGUGUGUGUGUGUGUGUGUGUGUGUGUGUGUGUGUGUGUGUGAGAGAGAGAGAGAGAGA